UUCCAGCCUUGCCGCUACGAUUUAGUGCCAUGGUUUUGGUAUCGUCUAAAACCGUAACGUUGUGCAUUUCCCUAGUCAUCUCUAUAUCGUGAAUUGAAAAUGAGACUGCAUGUUAAUUUUACGAUUGUGCGGGAAAACUGACAGAUUUUCCCGCGUAAUGUUCCGACCGAUAUAAACAAGACGCACGAGAAAUUGACUGACUGAAUUUAUUUGAUGCGCAUACAAAAUGAAUGUGGUUCGUGCUAUUAAUAGAAGACAAGAAGGUUUUGAAUCGAUAAAAGACUACGAUAUUGUAUUGUACAGAUUAAAAUGCUUUAGGAAUGAUGUAUACCAUGGAAUAUUACCAACUACAAAUGCACCUGAUUUUAAUCCUGAACCACCUGUAUUGGCAUGUCGUUUUUGUACAACACCAGGGUACGAACACAUUCUUGCAUUGGCUAAUGAGGAUGGUAAGGUUGCCUUACAAGAUACUACCAUUAACAGAGAACCAAAUCAAGUGCUAGAAGGAACUCAAGCACAUUGCAAUGCAAUAUUUGAUGUAGCAUGGAUGCCUGGAGAACUAAAACUAGUUACUACAUCAGGAGAUCACACUGCCAGAUUGUGGGAUGUAAGCAGACAAGAAAUAUCACAGAUUGAUUGUUUUCAUGCACAUACCCGAAGUGUCAAAACAGCAGUUUUUCGACAACAAGAUAAAGCUGUAUUUGCAACUGGAGCUCGCGAUGGUGCCAUAAUGAUCUGGGAUAUUCGAGCAAAUCACAAUGAUCUACCAAAACCAGACAAUUGCAUCUUUAAUGCUCAUGGUAUGCGGCAAACAGGAAGUACAAAAUACCAUCGUCGUGCCCUUUCAGCAGCUUCAAGAGCGCAGAGUAUCACUGGUCUCGUCUUUCAAGAUGACUUCACAUUACUUUCCUGUACAGCUGGCGAUGGAUUAAUAAAAGUAUGGGAUUUACGAAAAAAUUAUACAGUGCAUAAAAGGGACCCUUUAGCCAAACACGUGAUGAACUAUGCAGGUGGUAGCACGAGAAACGGUUUUACGUCGUUACUAGUCUGUCCAGCUGGAAUAACACUUUACGCAAGCUGCAUGGAUAAUAUCAUAUACGCCUAUAACAUAACAUCUUAUAAUCCUAAGCCAGUGGCAGAGUUUUAUGGGCAUAAAAAUUCUACUUUCUACGUAAAGACAUGCUUAAGUCCUGAUGGUCGAUACUUGGCCAGUGGAUCAAGUGAUGAGUUAGCUUAUAUUUGGCAUACUAAUAGACCUGGUGGUCCACUGGUAAAACUUUCAGGACACACAGAAGAAGUUACAUGCAUAGCAUGGUGUAGUGUUGGAGAAACUAAAAUAGUAACUUGUUCAGACGAUUCUUGCCACAGAAUAUGGCGGGUAGGCCCCGAAUAUAAGAUAGACAACGCAGAAGUUCAAAUACAAGGUGAAGCUGAGGCUGUAUUUAAUACAAAUAAGGUAGGACAUCCGGGGUUAGAAACUACACCUACCGUAUCACGUCGAUGGAUUAUUAAUCAAGAACGUACACCAGGAUCUGAUUCAAAUCCUGGCAUUAAUACACCCAUUCAUCCAAAUUCUGAUGAUAUAUCAGAUACAAAUUGUACUUCCUGGACUCGUGACAGCACAAAUUCUUCCAAAAGAAAUUACUCUCAAAUUUCGUCCCGGGAAUGUAUUACAGACAGUAAAUUUAAAUCAAUCCUGUCACCAAUUCACGAGAAUAUAGAGCCUUUAGCGAAACGUGCUCACUUGGAAAAUCGUGGAGCACGCAGGCUAUUUAGUCCAGGAAGUGACAGUGAAACAAUACUGAACAGAGGAUACGAUUCAGAUGAGCCAGGACCUAGUUCUUCAAUCCCAACCAGGAAGAUAAAUAGUCAUCUCUUUUCACCAACUUUGAACCUACCAAACUUUGUUAUUGACGGUACGGCGCCGCAUCUUCUACAAAUGUCACCACAAAAGUGCAAGGAGAAUAUGGAUUGGUUGACAAAGAUCAGGAAGGAACGGUACGAGCAAAAAAUUGUCAAAGUUACAAAUGAUAAAGCAAGUAGUCCUAAGGCCCAAUUGACUCCAGCUCGAAGGACAGGUAGAUCAAAAUCUACGGAACCACGAAAAGUGCCUAAGAGUCCAUCAAUUUCAUUACUCAAUUUCUUUAAAAUUACUGGUAAGGAAUGCGACAAGGAACUGUGUUCAGAAAAACCCUGCGUUAUCUCCACCCAAACAGAAUCCGAACAACAGCGAUGAACGUUACAUGGUCUGAUAAACCGGAAUUAAAUAUUUAAGAGACACGUCGACCCGCAGUCAAUAAUACUCGUGACCCGUGAUGAUGCGUGAUACAGGGGUGAUAAGUGUUGAAAAAUGACGAAUGCCUCAGUUCCUUUUUUUUUAAGAAAUGAACAAUAUCAGUCUCAUUUAUCAUGUUAUUCACGAAAUGAGAAUUUACUGAAAAAGUUCCUAGGCCAUUUGGAAAUAAAUAUUUCCUUUAUCUAUCAUCUGACAGCUUGCGAAUGAUCACGUAUCAAUUUUUAUCACAUCUAAACUUUCUGAGAUUCAUUCACAGAUGAUAUAUAUUACGAGGAAAUCGAAACCCGGAAGAAGCUGAGACUGAGCAAAUCUAUGAAAACCGUUUUUAAAAUAAAUUAUUUUUUUAUAAUAAAUAUACGUUGCCAAAAGUAAACAGUGUAUUAUACAAAGUUAAGCAUUAAAACAUAUCUCGUAGUCAGAAUUUCGAAUGUAAUUAUUGUGUACAGAAGUUCAUUUUGUAUGAACUAGGAUUUAAGAUAGACCUUAAAAAUUAAUUCGUAUUGAAAGGAGUAUUACGAGGCUCUCUGCCUUUUGGAACGCGAAUCAAGUGAUCGAUUCCAAAUCAUAGUCACUAUAUGAUAUUUAUGUAAAAGAAUGUUAAUAAAAUAUAUUUCAAAAGAAA